GGAAUUUCCGGUUACGUCAGGGCGUGAGGACUCCAUUAGAGCUGCAGCUGUUUUGAGAGAAACAACAACAAAAACGGGCUAACUGUCAGGGCUUCUGUAGUGACAGUCCGCUCACAGCCCGACAACGAGGCCUCAAAUCUGGAAGCGUAACCUUCAUUUCCCACCCAGAGCUCCGCCGGCUUCUAACCACGGCCGCUCUCGGUGAGGAAACUCUGGCCUCCGCUUCCUCCUCCUCCGACUCGGACACCGGCGGAGCGUCGCCGCCCCCGCGGAAGAAGCACCGAGCCUCGGCGGCGGAGGGAGCAGGAGAGCCCGGGGCUUCAGCAGUUGUAACAGGCCUCUCUGGAGUUGUUCUAGGACUUGCUUCGCACUCUCCACACUCUCAGGCCACCUCUGCCAUCCAGUUUAACCGAAGUGUUGUCAAUAUCCUCAGCGGCAGCAUGCAAGCAAACGGGGCAGGACAGGGACAAGAAACCUCGGAGCUUUCCUGCCUGAACAGCGCACAGAACGGGGAGUCAUCCUCGGCCGGCGGAUCCCAUUCCAAUGGGCUUCUUUCCAGCACAGACAACGGGAACAUUGUCGGUACCAGUAACGGGUCUUCAACCGGGCCCGGUUCGGGGACUUCGACUGCUUCUACGACUUCGGCCUCCGAAGUCGGUUCGCUGAAAAAGAAGAAACGACUAACGCAGGCUGAGGAAGAUGUCAUACGAUUAAUAGGGCAACAUCUCCAUGGACUGGGACUAAAUCAGACAGUGGACCUGCUGAUGCAGGAGUCAGGCUGCAGACUGGAACACCCAUCAGCUACCAAGUUUCGCAACCAUGUCAUGGAGGGGGAAUGGGAUAAGGCUGAGAAUGAUCUCAAUGAGCUGAGAGCGCUGAUGCAUUCUCCAAAUGCUAUUGUGCGUAUGAAGUUCCUGCUGUUGCAGCAGAAGUACCUAGAGUAUCUGGAGGAUGGCAAAGUCCUUGAGGCUCUGCAGGUGCUCCGGGGAGAGCUGACGCCUCUCAAGUACAACACAGAUCGCAUCCACGUACUCAGCGGGUACCUAAUGUGUAGCCACGCUGAAGAUCUAAGGGCCAAGGCAGAGUGGGAGGGCAAGGGCACUGCAUCGCGCUGCAGACUGCUGGACAAAUUACAAACGUACCUGCCACCUUCUGUGAUGUUGCCCCCACGACGACUGCAGACCCUGCUGCGGCAAGCGGUGGAGCUACAGAGGGACCGCUGUCUGUAUCAUAACACCAAGCUGGACAGUAGCCUAGACUCAGUCUCUCUCCUGGUUGAUCACGUCUGCAGCAGGAAGCAAUUCCCCUGUUACACGCAGCAGAUUCUGACAGAGCACUGUAAUGAGGUGUGGUUCUGCAAAUUCUCAAAUGAUGGCACUAAACUAGCGACAGGCUCUAAAGACACUACUGUCAUAAUUUGGCAAGUUGACCCGGAGAGCCAUCAGUUAAAGCUGCUGCGAACCCUCGAGGGUCAUGCAUACGGAGUUGCUUACUUAGCCUGGAGUCCAGAUGACACUUACCUGAUCGCUUGUGGACCUGAUGACUGCUCUGAGCUCUGGCUCUGGAAUGUUCAGACGGGGGAGCUGCGGACUAAAAUGUCCCAGUCUCAUGAAGACAGUCUGACCACUGUGGCGUGGAACCCCGACGGCAAACGCUUUGUCACAGGAGGGCAGAGGGGGCAGUUUUAUCAGUGUGACCUUGAUGGUAACUUGUUGGACUCCUGGGAGGGCGUGAGAGUGCAGUGCCUGUGGUGCCUGGGUGAUGGUAGAACAGUGCUGGCCUCUGACACCCACCAACGUAUCAGGGGGUACAACUUCGAGGACCUUACCGACAGAAACAUAGUUCAGGAGGACCACCCUGUCAUGUCUUUUACUGUUUCAAAGAAUGGAAGAUUAGCUUUGUUAAAUGUAGCAACUCAGGGAGUACACCUGUGGGACCUUCAGGACCGGGUGCUGGUGAGGAAGUACCAAGGUGUAACCCAGGGCUUCUACACCAUUCACUCCUGCUUUGGAGGACACAACGAAGACUUCAUUGCAAGUGGCAGUGAAGACCACAAAGUGUAUAUCUGGCACCGGCGUGGUGAGCUUCCCAUUGCUGAGCUAACAGGCCACACACGCACAGUUAACUGUGUGAGCUGGAACCCAGCCAUCCCCGGGCUCAUGGCUUCUGCGUCAGAUGAUGGCACAGUACGCGUCUGGGGUCCCGCGCCCUUCCUCGAAUCGCAAGAGGUGGAUGGACUCAACGAGAACUGCAGUAACAUGGACAGUUGAUGGUCACUAAUGGAGAAAAUGACAUCUCUCUUUGACAACAAUCCAAGAAUCCCACAAUAAAAUGAAAUCGAAGCUGGCAAAUAAAAUCCAAACGAAGUCAAGAAUAACAAACAAAAGCCACCAAGACAAAAGAGAAAACAAAAAGUGAGAAAAACUUGUCUCCAGACUGGCCUAGACUAAAUGGUGGAGGUGAUGAUGGACACUCUGAAAAUUCAAGUCCUCAUCCAAAACCUGAUCUUGACCCAGGGGCCUGGAAAACCAGUCAGUGCCAGUGGGAUGUGGCGCCAUCCUCUGGUGAGCUGUAACCGGCUGUUCUCCUCCUUCAACUGACCUUUCUCCCUAUCCAUCUUGCUGCAUGGUCGCAAGCCGUGCCAGUUCCUCGCAGAGUUUCCCAGGAAGACCCGCCUCUACCUUGAGCUUGGAGCACAUCAAGUCCCCGUGAUGCCACCAGACUGACAUGGCAGACGAGCCGUCUACUUAUUGGACUACAUCUGUCUGCCUGUACUGUCUUUCACGUUACCUGUAUAUGUCUCCAUGGACAUGGGUGGGCUGCUGUUGGGGGAGGAUAAUACGUAUGGGGAUAUAGCAACACUUCUGUAUGUAUUUUUUUUUCCUUCCCCCAUUUCUUGCUAUACACUUUGCAUUGGAUAUGUUGGACAAAGGCUGCAAAUCCACCAUAGAAACCCUGACCAAUCAGUUGAAAGAGAACACAAAAACAAGGCUAUGCUAAAUGUUGGAAUUUUUUAUGAUAGUCAUAGCGUUUAUUCUCAUUUAAGAGGUGAAUCUUAGCUUGAGUAGUGCCCGUGGAAAGCUUUAGUGUGAAGUUUCCACUUUCUGUUUCUCGACAUUAGGAAAACAAAUUUUUUAUUCCUUAAUUUAACUUCUAACAAGGACAGUCACUGUAUUGUUUUCCAACUGACAGCCCCUCCUCCCUGAAACACCCUCUGUCGAGCUAGCUACGGCACAACUCCAUUACAUCUGCCUAAGAGGAGAUGGAAAGGAGAUGACCCUUCUCUUAAGACGAGCUUUUAAUGUGAGAGGGUUCUGGUGUGAUUGAGAUUGUAGGCCGGUGACUGCUGUCCCUCCUGUGUGUGUGUGUGGGUGUGUGUGAGAGUGGCUGAGAGCAAUUAUGCAUACACACAUUAAUGUGAGAGUUGACAUUUGUGGGUGCGUGUUUUUGUAUGUCUUAAAUUCACACCAGCAGAAAAUAAUUCCCUCUCCCCGAUGCUCCAAAACCCACAAUAAAAUUGUAUAGAGGAUUUUAAAUCAAUUCUAAGUUAUCCAAAGCCCCAUAAGGACCUCUAUCUGUGGAACAAAAAAAUUACUUGAGAGCCAUUUUGUAUAAGGAAGACUUUUUUUAAUCUGGGGCUUUGAUUUUUACAUUUAACUUUUUUUUGUUUCUCCUUACUACAUGGCAUUCAAAUGGCACUGUGUUAUUGGUAUCUUUUUUGGGGGGAAAGAGAGAAAGGAAAUUAAGAAAGAGCAAUUUGGUCAAAGCAUGUUAAAAAAAAAAGUGUUGUGUUAUUAGCAAUGGGUCAUUACAUACGAGAAGUAAAUGAUUGUUAAAACUUGAUGAGUAGUUUAGCACGGCCCUAGAGGGAAGAGGCACCAAUAAUCAGAACCAGUCUCUGAGCCCAGUGUUGGGGAAUGUUGUUACAAUCCUAAAACACACACAAACUGCCUUUCUGUUCAUACAGUUGCACACAAAACACUUCAGUAUGUAUGACGCCCUUUCCUCCACCCAACUGCACUUUUGAGUGGUCUUUUUUGCUCUCUUGCACCUACUGCAGUGGCAUAAAUUCACGAGGUUUUCUUAGCCUCCUCGUGUCCUACCACACAGAAAAGGUUGCAUUGGGUAAGAUUUAAAACUGAAUGGGAGAUUGCUAAAGGAAUGGAGCCCUCUCUAUGCAUCCCAAUAGCAGUGACUGAUUAUCUUGUAGAUGUCAUAAUACGCAACCUCUUGCAAAUAAAGCAUUAAUAGAAGCAUUGACUUGAGGGUAUUGCUCUUGGAGCUUAGAGAGAAUUCAGCAUUAACUCCCCCAUUUGCUCUCCAGCCAAGUUCUUCAGUGGUCAGUGCACCAUUCAGAGCUUUCUUCCUCCCUUUUUCAGGGUAUGUAAUGACUAUUUGCUACAGACUGAUAUACAGUGAAAAUGUUUGAGGAAACAGUGCUUUUCUGUCUGUUUUUAUUGAACUUUUUGUUACUUAAAUUUUUUUUGUUCACAUAUAUCAUUUUUGGUUGACCUCUAUCCCUGUAUGAUCAUAUUAAAAUAUAACCAGACA